AUGCUGGCGUUCCGCGGCCCCGCAGCGAUUGCGCAGGCGCGAAGUCGGCAGCCGGCCCUCGCAGGAGGGAAGGGGCGGCGGCGCGAGCUGGGUGACUGCGGGCGACCCCGCGCGUCUCCCGGACCCCUGCCCCGCCUCCUUGCUCCCGCGGCCGCCCCUCAGGCUGCCCGCGCCCCGCCGCGCCGUCACGGCGCCCCCGCGGCCCCCUCGCCGCCGCCCCGGGGCUCCCGGGCCGGGCCCGUCGUAGUGGUGGCUCCUGGUCCUCCAGUGACCACAGCCACCUCGGCCCCCGUCACCCUGGUGGCCCCCGGGGAGGCGCGGCCCGCUUGGGUUCCGGGGCCGGCUCCGACUUUGGCCACGGCGGCCGCAGGCAGCACAGUGGUGGUACUGACCCUGGAGGCCUCACCCGAAACCCCGAAGGCGCAGGAGUCCCCGGUCCCGGCGGCCGGGGCAGGACCCGAGACGGCGGUGGCUUCGGCUUCAGGGGCAGAUUCCCCGAAGACGGAAGAGGCUCGAGCCUCACCUGUCCUAGGACCAGGGACCCCCACCAGGAUCCCUUCCAGAACGGCGCCUGGAGCCCUGACUGCCAAACCCCCACUUGCACCCAAGCCGGGAACCACAGCGGUUUCAGGAGUGACUGCACGGGGUGCAGCAGGACAGGUGACCAGUGGACAUGGAGCGGCAACAUCAGCAUCAGCGGGGCAGGCUCCUGAGGACCCCUCGGGGCCUGUUACAGUCCCUCCAGGGACGUGUGAGGCUCCGGUAGCAGUGGUGACGGUGACCCCAGCUCCGGAGCCUGCUGAGAACUUUCAAGACCUGGGCUCCACGUCCAGCCUAGGACCUGGCAUCUCUGGGCCUCGAGGGCAGGCCCCGGAUACUCUGAGCUACUUGGACUCCGUGAGCCUCAUGUCUGGGACCUUGGAGUCCUUGGCGGAUGAUGUGAGCUCCAUGGGUUCGGACUCGGAGAUAAACGGGCUGGUCCUGCGCAAGACGGACAAGUAUGGUUUCCUUGGGGGCAGCCAGUACUCAGGCAGCCUAGAGAGCUCUAUUCCUGUGGAUGUGGCUCGGCAGCGGGAGCUCAAAUGGCUGGAGAUGUUCAGUAACUGGGAUAAGUGGCUGUCACGGCGUUUCCAGAAGGUAAAGCUGCGCUGCCGAAAGGGGAUCCCCUCCUCCCUCAGAGCCAAGGCCUGGCAGUACCUGUCUAAUAGCAAGGAACUCUUGGAGCAGAAUCCGGGCAAGUUUGAGGAGCUGGAACGGGCCCCUGGGGACCCCAAGUGGCUGGAUGUGAUUGAGAAGGACCUGCACCGCCAGUUCCCUUUCCAUGAGAUGUUUGCUGCUCGAGGGGGGCAUGGACAACAGGACCUGUAUCGAAUCCUGAAGGCCUAUACCAUCUACAGGCCUGAUGAGGGCUAUUGUCAGGCCCAGGCUCCAGUGGCUGCAGUGCUGCUCAUGCACAUGCCUGCUGAGCAAGCCUUUUGGUGCCUGGUUCAGAUCUGCGACAAGUACCUCCCAGGUUACUACAGUGCAGGGCUGGAAGCCAUUCAGCUGGAUGGAGAAAUCUUUUUCGCGCUCUUGCGCCGGGCCUCCCCACUGGCAUAUCGGCACCUGCGGCGGCAGCGUAUUGACCCAGUGCUCUACAUGACAGAAUGGUUCAUGUGCAUCUUUGCCCGCACCCUGCCCUGGGCUUCAGUGCUGCGUGUCUGGGACAUGUUUUUCUGUGAAGGCGUUAAGAUCAUCUUCCGAGUGGCCCUGGUCUUGCUGCGACACACAUUGGGCUCUGUGGAAAAGCUACGCUCCUGUCAAGGCAUGUAUGAAACCAUGGAGCAGCUGCGCAACCUGCCCCAGCACUGUAUGCAGGAGGACUUCCUGGUGCAUGAGGUAACCAACCUCCCUGUGACGGAAGCACUAAUUGAGAGGGAGAAUGCAGCCCAGCUCAAGAAGUGGCGGGAAACCCGGGGAGAGCUGCAGUACCGGCCCUCACGGCGACUGCAUGGCUCGAGGGCCAUUCAUGAAGAGCGCAGGCGGCAGCAACCACCCCUGGGCCCUUCCUCCAGCCUCCUUAGCCUCCCUGGUCUCAAGAGCAGAGGCUCCCGGGGACCUGGAGGGGCUCCUUCCCCACCACCUCCUGUCCGCAGGGCUAGUGCUGGGCCUGUCCCUGGGGCCGUGGUCACUGCUGAGGGACUGCAUCCAUCCCUUCCUUCACCCAUGGGCAACAGCACCCCUCUAGGCGCCAGCAAGGAGACCCGGAGGCAGGAGAAGGAGCGGCAGAAACAGGAAAAAGAGCGAGAGAAGGAGAGGCAAAAACAGGAGAAGGAGCGGGAGAGGCAGGAGAAGGAGCGGCAGAAGUGGGAGAAAGAGCAAGAAAAAGAACAGCAGAAGCAGGAGAAGGAGCGGCAGAAGCAGGAGAAGAAGGGCCAGGGCCGGAAGCUCUCCUUGCGACGAAAGGCAGAUGAGCCUCCAGCACCCCAUGAUGGUGGGGACAGGUCCUCAGCAGCAGAGGCCCGGCAGGAUGCUUACUUCUGACCUCUGUCUGGGGCUGGAUGGCACGGCCUUCCUUUUCCUUCAGCCAAGAGCAGGCAUGGCAGGGGUGCUCCUCCAGCCCCCUUGGCAGACUCUCCCUUUUUCUGAGGAAAGUGGCUUGAUCCCCCUGACUCCUUGCCAGCAACUGAUCCCUAUAUGACCAGGGCAGCCAGAGUGCAUGGGACAGCUACGUUUCCUAGGGUAGCCGUGACCAAGUCUAGAGACUCUUGCCUCCAAUUAGGCCCAGCUGGGGUCUGUCACUCCUACCAAUUCCUUCUGGGGUCCCCUCCCAGGUGCUGCCUCAUCACCAUAGGUGGUGACUCUUGGCAAUGGCAGUUAGCAGUUGCAGAUUCUUACACUCCAGUGGCUCCCUUUAGAUUGUGGAGCAUGGUUCCUUUUCCCGUCUUGGUCCCUGCCUGUCACCCCACUGCCUUUCUGGGGGCCAAGGCUCUUUUUCUCCCUCCUGGGAAGUCCUUGUGUUGUAAUAAUGUACAGAAGGUCAGGUCGGCCUGGGGUGGGGUGCUCUGUCCUUUGUUCUCUUUCCACAGUGCUCCUGUACUCGUUUAUUUAAGGGGACAUGCACUGAAAUAGGAAAUGUCCUCCACUUCCCCUCCACCCUUGUCCUGCUCUCCUUCACACAUCUGCUUUGUAUUCUCAGGCCUCUGCUGUCUCACCAGAACCCCCACCUUCAUCUUGUGCCCUUCUAGCCUUCAAGCCCCUCUCUCAGUAAGGGUCUUCCCUUGAGUCCAGGGGGUGAACCCAAUGUUUACAUUCUCUUCUGUCUCAGUCCCAUCCUGUGCCAUGCUUUGAGGAACCGGAAAAAGAACCUGCUGUUGUACCUGG